AUGUUCCGAGCGGCUGCGGCCGGGCCAUAUGAUGAGGCCAUCAACAAGGCCACCGAUGAGAACCAGACGUCCGAAGACUGGGGUGCCAUUAUGGAGAUAUGCGAUCGAGUCGCCGGCGACCAGAACGGGCCAAAGGAGUCGGUAGCCAGCCUCAUCAAACGCUUAGCGCAUCGCAACGCCAAUGUCCAGCUGUACACGCUCGAGGUCGCCAAUGCCUUGUCGCAAAACUGCGGCAAGAACAUGCACCGCGAGCUGUCGAGCCGCGCCUUUACCGACGCCAUGCUCAAACUUGCCAACGACCGUAACACACACACUCAGGUCAAAGCGAAAAUUCUCGAGCGCAUGAAGGACUGGUCAGAUAUGUUCAAGUCAGACCCGGACCUCGGGAUCAUGUACGACGCCUUCUACCGCCUCAAGCAGAGCAACCCGACGCUCCAGCCGCCGAGCGCGCCGCAAAAGAACAGCCUCACCGACCAGGAUCGUCAAAAGGAAGAGGAUGAGCUCCAGAUUGCGCUCAAGCUGAGUCUGCAGGAGGAGGAGCGAAAGAAGAAGCCCGCCCAAGCAGCAGCAGCAGCGGGGCCAUCGGGGGCGGCGGGGUCAACAACUGCGGGACCUGCAACUCAACAACAGCCCGCCGCACCUAUCCAGCCCAUGCCGUCCGGCACCACAGCCGCAACCGUGUCCCGCGUCAGGGCUCUCUAUGACUUUGCUCCGUCGGAACCGGGCGAACUGGAGUUCAAGAAGGGCGACGUCAUCGCCGUGCUCGAGAGCGUCUACAAGGAUUGGUGGCGGGGUUCGCUCAAGGGGAAGACGGGCAUCUUCCCGCUCAACUAUGUUGAGAAGCUGACGGACCCUACGCCUGACGAGCUUCAACGUGAGGCCCAGAUGGAGGCCGAGGUCUUUGCCGAGAUCAAGAACGUCGAAAAGUUGUUGACCCUGCUGAGUGCCAGCAACACCGGCCCGAAAGAGGAAGACAAUGAGGAGAUCUCGAAGCUUUACCAUCAGACGUUGGCGAUUCGCCCAAAGCUCAUCAAAUUGAUCGAGAAGUACUCUCAAAAGAAAGACGAUUUCACUCAGCUCAAUGAGAAGUUCAUCAAGGCCAGGAGAGAUUACGAGGCUCUGCUCGAGUCAUCUAUGUCGCACCCUCCAGGGCCUACCUACCACCAAUAUGCCAUGCGCCCACCGAUUCCCCAGGGCUACCCGCCCCACGGACAAGGUUAUAACGCACCCCCUGCGCAGCAAGAGCCGCAACGGUUCUACACACCGGCGCCUGCUCAAGAACCAUCCCAAUACCCUCCAUCUUCCCCUCCACCUAAUAACUUCCAGCGGCCUGGCCCCGGAGCCACUCCUGCUCCGUUCUACGUAGCAGGUGCCGAGGUUCCGUCCCAGCAGACCCAAAUACCCCCGCCGACGCCGCAGCAGCAGCCUCAGCAGCCUCAGCAGCCGCAGUACGCCCAACGCCCAUCGGAACAACGGGUCCCGUCCGGCGGCAAGCAACCUGCGCCACUGCAGACGUCCGCAUCACCGCCGCCGGCAAAUCAAUACACUCCCUACCAAGUCCCCCAAGCAUCCGCGCGUCCUCAGAGCACCUACGGCAGCGGCCCGCAGGAACUCUCCACCUCGGUCUACGACUCCCCCAUCGCACCUCAAAACGCAAACCCCGCUGGGCCCUACCCGUCUUCCGCGUACGUCACCCCAGACGAAGAUCCCUACACCGCCGCCGCGGCAUCGAAUUCCAGCCUUCCCGCCGCACCCUCCAUCCCUCCGCCAUCCGUUCCAGCCCCCUCGGCCCCGUCGGCCCCGAGUCCAGAACUCAGACAACCGUCUUACGGCCAGCAAUACUCCACCUACCACCCUCACCCACCCCAACAGACUCCCUACGGAGCAGCACCGGGCGGAAGCUACGACGCCGCAACGGUCGACGGCGCCCACGCGCCCCCCUCGGUGCCGCCGGCCAUGUCCCCGCCCCCGCUGCACCCUACCGGGCCGGCAUACGAUGCGCGCCAGUCGCUGCCCAGCAGGGUGACGGGCGGGCCGCCAGGCCCUAGUGGCGCCGGCGGUGGUGGUGGUGGUGGUGCUCCGGCAGUCGGCGGUCCGCCGCCGCCGCAGCAGCCGCAGUACAAGGCUUAUGUGCCGCCGGUAGCGUCGUCUGCUCCGGGGCCGGGGCCGGGACCGGCUGGGGAUGAGGGCGCUACGGCGCCGUCGGCGCCGGCGGCGGAGGGGUAUUAUCGGACUGCGGCUUACUGA